UAAGCCUCCAGGUGUCGCUGUGACGUGCUGAUGAAACUCCCUUUAACACCACAGAAGAAGACCCGUGUCCUUCACAACAGCAGACAUGGCGUCAGCGACCAGAAUCAUCCAGAGGCUCCGAAACUUCCUCUCAGGGCAUGACCUGCAAUCCAAACUGCAGCUGAGAUAUGGGGAAAUUGCAAAAAGGACACAGCCACCACCCAAACUACCAGUAGGCCCCAGCCACAAGUAUGCCUUUAACUACUACUUCACCAGAGAUGGACGCAGAGAGUCAGUACCCGCCACAGUCAUCAUGUCUUCUCAUAAGGCUCUCACUGCUGGCAGUCAAGUUGCUGAAGUCCCAAAGCUUCAUGUGACCCCAGGUGCUACAUAUAAGGAGCCACUGAUCUCCACAGACCAGCCAUACCUCUGAGCAGGAGGAUUACCCCCCUCAGCAUCAACAACCUAAUUUCUCCAUCCAAACCUGCUGCAGAGACCUGACCACUGCAUGUGUUGGUUGUAUCCUGUACUAUAGAAAAUGUGAAUAAAAUGUGUUCUAUUUAA